AUGGCUGCUAGUUUUUUUAGAGGUACAUAACUUGAUCAAAAUGUUAAGUUUAAGGAUAAGGAUCGUGAGCUAACAAAGAAAUGGUCUUUUCCUCCUGAAUUCGACACCUUUGUUGACCUUAAAAAGGUUUAAUUAGACGUGAUAAAACUCUGGGUGGAGAGAAGAAUCACUGAACUGAUGGGAUAUGACGAUGAAAUUGUAAUUAACUUCGCCAUAUCCUCAUUAGAAGACUACUAAGGACACCCAGAUAAAAGACUCGACCCCAAGCAUCUUCAAGUUUAAUUGACUGAUGAUAAGGCUCCUCUAUUCAUGAAGGAAUUGUGGGACUUGCUGCUUUCAGCCCAAAAAGAAGUAUCAGGUAUUCCUCCAUCUUUGAUCAAAGAAAAAAUAAGUGAGAAAAAUCGUAAGCUUGAAUAGAUUGAAUAAGCUAAAAAAUAGCUUGAAAAAAUUAGGAAUUUUGCUGACCUCCCUCAGCCUAAAUAGAACACCCAUUCAGAUUAUAAUGCUUCCAGAAAUAAUCAGUAAUCUACUUCCUCAAAGCAGUAAACAUAUGAUAAUAGAGAUAGAAGAAGAGAUGACAAUGGAAGAUGGGGAGGAUAUAAAGAUGAUAGAAACGAGAGAAAAGGAAGGUCUAGAAGCCCAAGAAACGACAGAGAUCAUAAAGAUGUUCGUAGACAAGAUCGCAAUGAUAGAAAGAGACGCAAUCAUUCGUCUGAAAAAGAAGAUAGUAGAGAGAGAAGAAAUCGCAGAGAAGAUGAAAAGAGGCAUUAAAAGCAUAAGCAUAGAAGAGAUAGAAGUGAUUCUGCUGAGAGAAGAAGAGAUAGAAAACGAGGUAAAGAGGAGGAAAAGAAAAAGAGCAAGAAACACAGUAGAAGAUCUGACUCUGCCUCAUCCAAGAGCUCUUCCCUUUCAAUUCCAAAUGAAAAAAUUGAUGAACCGAACGGAGAAAAAUGA